AUGGGGAUCGUUGAAAGGAUUAAAGAAAUUGAAGCCGAGAUGGCUCGGACGCAGAAGAACAAAGCUACAGAGUAUCAUCUUGGUCAGCUCAAAGCAAAGAUUGCAAAGCUCAGAACACAACUCUUAGAGCCUCCAAAAGGUUCUAGUGGAGGUGGAGAUGGUUUUGAAGUUACAAAGUAUGGUCAUGGACGUGUUGCACUUAUAGGCUUUCCAAGUGUUGGAAAGUCGACGCUUUUGACGAUGUUAACUGGCACACAUUCUGAAGCAGCCUCUUAUGAAUUUACAACGCUUACAUGCAUCCCUGGAAUCAUUCGCUACAAUGACACCAAGAUCCAGUUGCUUGAUCUUCCUGGGAUUAUUGAAGGUGCUUCAGAAGGAAAGGGGAGAGGGAGGCAGGUUAUUGCUGUUGCAAAGUCUUCAGACCUUGUGUUGAUGGUUCUUGAUGCCUCAAAGAGUGAAGGUCAUAGGCAGAUACUGACUAAGGAACUUGAAGCAGUGGGUCUACGUUUAAACAAAAGACCUCCUCAGAUAUACUUUAAGAAGAAGAAGAGCGGUGGGAUUUCUUUCAACACUACAGCACCAUUGACUCGCAUUGAUGAGAAGCUCUGUUAUCAAAUUCUUCAUGAAUACAAGAUCCACAAUGCUGAGGUUCUGUUUCGUGAAGAUGCUACAGUGGAUGACUUUAUAGACGUCAUUGAAGGAAACCGCAGAUAUAUAAAGUGUGUAUAUGUCUACAACAAGAUAGAUGUUGUUGGAAUCGAUGACGUUGAUAGGCUUGCACGCCAGCCAAAUUCCAUCGUUAUAAGCUGCAAUCUUAAGGCAAGUUCAUGUUUCUCUUGGUCUUCAAGAAUGGCAGAAGCUGGAAAUCCGAUCCAGCACAGUCUAAACUUAGACAGACUACUUGCAAGAAUGUGGGACGAAAUGGGACUUGUGAGAGUUUACUCAAAGCCUCAAGGCCAGCAACCAGAUUUUGAUGAACCCUUUGUCCUCUCUGCUGACAGAGGUGGCUGCACAGUGGAAGACUUCUGUAACCACGUACAUAGGACUCUGGUGAAAGAUAUGAAGUACGCACUGGUUUGGGGAACAAGCGCCAGGCACUACCCUCAACAUUGUGGUCUUGCUCAUCGUCUUGAGGAUGAAGAUGUUGUUCAAAUCGUCAAGAAAAAGGAGACAGAGGAAGGAGGAAGGGGACGGUUCAAGGCACAUUCAAACGCUCCUGCCAGAAUUGCAGAUCGUGAGAAGAAAGCUCCACUUAAGCAAUAA